AUGCCUGUUCGCUUUGAAGGGUCUCGUUCUGAGCGCAGUUUCCACGCGAAUCCUCAUGGCCAGCAAAAAGCUCUUCCAAGCACGCCACAUGAUGGCUCAGAUGAAUCCUUCAACCGCCCCUCUCGGCCUCCCGAACAGGCACAGGUAUAUGCUCCUGGAACCACUGCCGAGAAUCACGAGAACAACGAGAGCAACGAUUUUUGCGAGACCGCCAAUGCAGAAGAAGUCGUUUUGGCCGUCAACUUCAUGGAGACGGGCAAUUUAGGAUGCGCCUACUUUGCCACCAACACCCAAGAGCUACGGAUCCUUCACGAUAUGCAACAUGCCGAUGUUGAUGUUUUAGAGGCUCUUUUGGCACACGUCCAGCCUACAGUCGUGUUACUGCCCCUCAAGACGCCAGAGGCUGCCUCAUAG